CUUUCCUUACCGGCUAUGUGAACUUAACCCGAUUUUCUGUUUUGUUUUUACAGCAAGUGUGAAAGUAAUGUGUAAGAUAUUUAAUAAAAAAUGAGAUUUUUACUUAGAACAAUUGAUAGUUGCAAGAUAAUUAUAAGGCAAAACUGGCUCCCAGCAGUGAAGCAAGAGCAGAGUAGCAAUGCUUUUUUCGUUCUACAGCAGCACUUGUCACCCAGGAGAUGUUAUUCAAAUGAUACAAAAGCUAGCAGUCCUCUAGGUACCUUACUGAGCAACUCCAAAGAGCAAGUAGCAGCCAACGAAGAGAAAAAAGACGAAGAGGAGGACUCGAAGAAGAAAAAAGAGCAGUCAUGGAGAAAAAUGAAACUUACUCUGAUGUUCUUUGGGGUGGGCUUCUCAGGCCUGGGGGCCUAUUUAGUUAUAACUCUAGGCACUCCCCCAAAAGAUGAAGAUGGCAACUAUAUGAGGGAUGAAUAUUCAGAUGGGUCCAUUGUAAAAGCUUAUCUUAUGAGGACACUUAGGGAGCUGGAGUAUUAUCGAAGGUUGAUUAAAGAGCCAUCAAGAGAAAAACUGCUACCAGAUCCAUUGAAGUAUCCAUACAUUCAACCUAAAUACACAUUAGUCUUGGAGUUAACAGAUGUAUUGGUGCAUCCUGAUUGGACGUACAAUACUGGUUGGAGAUUCAAGAAGAGGCCAUUGUUGGAUUACUUCCUAGAGUCCCUAAAAGAUCAUUACGAGAUAGUAAUAUACACAGCUGAACAGGGCAUGACAGUUUUCCCAUUAAUUGAAGCGAUUGACCGUAAAAACAUUAUUGCUUACAAACUUGUAAGGGAUGCAACUCAUUUUACUGGGGGACAUCAUGUCAAAAGCUUGAAUAACUUAAACAGAGACCUAAGCAAAGUAAUUUGUAUCGACUGGAAUCCUAAUAAUGUGAAAUUUAAUCCAGAGAAUCUUUUCCGUUUGCCACGUUGGUCUGGGAAUGAUGAUGAUACUACUCUGUUGGAUUUAGUUAGUUUUCUUAAAGCAAUUGCUGAAAAUGAUAUUGAAGAUGUCAGGGAGGUCCUGAAGGUUUAUAGCGACUACGACGAUCCGAUAAUGGCAUUUAGGGACAAGCAGAAGAGGCUCAUCGAUGAACUGGAGGCACAGGAAGCGGCAAAGAAGGAACAGGAAAAGAAUAAAGUAUCCAGAUGGACGCCAAGUUUUCUUAAAAGAUCGCCAUCAUUUUAGAUCUACUUUUUAAUUCUAUUUUAUAUGUUAUUACUUAUUAUAAUAAAAGCUCGGUCGUAAAAUAGCCGAUAAUAUACAUUA